AUGAAGCUUAGGCCUAUUUCAUAUAUAGUUUAUAAUAACAAUAUAAAGAUAUAUAUCAUAGUGAAGGCAAGAUUGGUAGUGUUCCCAAUUAAAGGGAAAAUCUGGUGCUUUAGCAGAUCCAUUGACCAUUAUGCAUCAAAAUCCACCGCAGCUAACACCCCUUCCACUGCGAAAGAGCUUUGGAAGAAAAUGUCAUCCAAUUCCAAGCAGCCCCUCAAUGCCAAUGCUGAACUUCUUGUUGAUUUCGUUUCGAACAAGAUGAAUAAGGCUUGGAUUGGUUUGGAAAAGGCACCUGAGGGUAGUUUCAAAAACAAGCUACAUGGUUUCGGGUUGCCGCUAUUAGCUCGAGUUAAACCAUCUGAGAUUUUCUUGAAAUCUAUAACCAAGGAUGUUACCAAUGUUCAGAUUACAUACCCUUGCAGUUUAAAUGCAUGGUUUGUGCGGCGAAGAUUACGACAUACAGCCUUGAGGGGUACGGUUAUACACAGGAAAUACUAUUACAGUUCGGUUUCGUUGCUUCCACUGACUACGGCAUUCGCUGUGCUACCUCUGCCGAAUGUUAUAUUCUUUUGGGUCUUGUUUCAAACUUAUUCACAUUGGCAGGCUCUCCAGGGAAGUGAGAAGCUCCUUCAGCUAGUCUCAGAUGACUCCAUGGUUUCAAACUUGAAGGAGAAUGAAUCUGAGCAUAAUGAUUCCAAGUAUGGAACCAAGGAUUCUUCAUGUUACCAAUAGGUAAGCUCAUAUAUACAACCUUGAAAACAAUGGACAUAACAUGGGCAUGUUCGGUUCUUCCAACUAUGGGUACUUCAAUGAUGCUUUUAUGGUUUGGCAGCUUCACAUGCAUUAAUAUUAUCCUUUUAUGUUCUUUUUGUUUGUUUAAUGUGUGAAUGGUAAUGAACAGGUAUUGGAGCCAUCCAAGGAAUUGGA